CACGUCUUACCAUUAAAACCAGAUUUAUUGUCAAAGUAUUUUUGUCUUUUGUGGAUUUGUCUUGAAUAUGUGUCUUUGUUUAGUUUUAGUUCCGAUAUUGUUAGUCUAUUUUUAUUUAUUGACAUAUUGACAUUAUGUCUGCUGCUGCUGCCCUCCAAAAAUGGUUAGAGCUUAAAAAUAAAACUUCUACGCCUAUUUUCUCUGCUACUUCUAUCCUUGAGAAUGAAAAGAUGGACAGCACUAGUGAAGGGAUAUGGUCUGAGAAGAUUCCGGAAAUAUUUAUCCUCUCCUUUCUCUAUAUACUAGUUCAAGGCUUAGUCUUCCUCACCAAUUGGUAUUCCAAAUACCAGUACUUUAAGACCAAGAAAUCCAGUUCCUCAACUACACAUGCUCUAUACUAUUCCUGGUUUUACUGUACUGCUUCAGAAGCUGUUGAAAUGUCAGACAUUUACCAGUCAUGUACUGAUCCGGAAGCUCCAAAGAUUUUUUCUUCUACUCCAAGGUGUAGAGAUAUUGAGAUGUCCACUAUUCAACGUGUUUUAUCAGAAGACCAUGGUUAUUCCUCAGCAACACGCCAUACUUUUUAACCCCUUUUAUUCAGUAUUUUAUCAAUAAAAUUUAA